AUCAGGACCUACAUGGACGAAGCUAUAAUCAUUAUCAUCAUGAGUUAAGUGAACUCCCGCCGACAUCUGCAAAGAGCCAACGCUGUCCUCAGCCUUCCUCAUCUCGCCUACCCGUGUAGGUAAGCCGAUCUACUGUCGGACUGCUCCCAAAAACAUUAGAGCUACCUACUCUAGACUAGAGAGCGUUUCAUCAAAUAAAACAUCUGAAAAAAUCCAAAAGUUCCUCUACUUCCUCUACUGAAGACUCGACCUGACUGCCAAACGCUUCCCGCUGCUUUCACAUCUUUCAAAAUGGAAAUAACUGAUUUUGUCCAAAAUGAAGAAGAACCGCGGAAAGCUAUCUCAAUCCAAGUUGAAGUGAAACAAGAGAGCAUAUCAGAUAGCAAUGAUGAAAACUCAUCUGACUCUGAAUUAUCUGAAAAAGGCAUUAUUGGGGAACCUGAGAAUAAUGAAUCUGAAAAUUUCAGAAAUGAAAUAAAUGAAUCAACAAUACUUAUUGAACAUGAGGAAAACACUAGGGAAAACACUGAAGAGUUUUAUGAUGCAACACAGUUUUUACAAGUGGCUGUUGAUGAUGAUAGUGCAACACUGUCACUGACUAGUGUUGCGAUGAACCGCAAACCUCAUACUCGAGACAACCACAAGAGUAAAGAUACAAACAAUGCUGUUACCAAGCCUCGCCGAGCUGACGCCCUAAAUAAAUAUGAGUGUGAAAACUGCAAUCGUAACUUCCAAUCGAAAAGAAUAUUUAUUGCACAUAAGGUGCGAUGCAAUGUCAAAGAUAAUUUGAAAACUCUCAUCACAUUACACACUGGUGAAAAGCCAUACCAGUGUGACAUAUGCAACAAACGAUGGAAGAAGUAUUCUAAUCUAAAAGGCCACAUGAGAGUACAUACUGGUGAAAAACCAUUCGAAUGUAAAGUAUGCCAGAAAAGAUUUGCGGAGUCUGGUCAGUUAAAAGUCCAUGAAAGAUUGCACACAGGUGAAAAACCUUACGGGUGCGAUGUGUGCCCGGAAAGAUUUACGACUUCAAGUAAUUUAAAAGUUCACAUGAGAUUACACACAGGUGAAAAACCCUACGAGUGCAACAUUUGCAAGGAAAGAUUUACGACAUCGAGUAAUAUGAAAGUUCACAUGAGAUCACAUACAAGUGAAAAACCUUAUGUGUGCGAUAUUUGCAAAAAAGCAUUAACGACAUCAACAAGUUUAAAAGUUCACAUGACAUCACAUUCAGGUGAAAAAGAACACGAGUGCAAUAUUUGCCAAAAGAGAUUUAUGACGGCUAGCAAUUUAAAAAGUCACAUGAGAUCACAUACAGGUGAAAAAGCACACGAGUGCAAUAUUUGCCAAAAGAAAUUUAUGACGGCUAGCAAUUUAAAAUGUCACGUCAGAUCCCAUGGUGCAAAACCAUACGAGUGUGAAAUUUGCCAGAAAAGUUUCAUGACAAGAUAUAGUUUAACAAAACACAAACAGGGAAAUGAACAUAAAGAUAUUGCUCAAUAGAUAAGGUUCCAUUCUGAGGUCAACCCAAUGACAACCAUUGUACCAAUGAACCACGUCACAAACCUUCUAAGGGCUGAUUUUUCUAUGGUCAAAUAGGUGUUAUCUGAUGAAUACAAUUGUUGCUGUCACUGUCUGAUACAA